AUACACUUUGGCAGGUUCCACAUAGCUGCAACAUGUAAUUCAGGAGACUAUUACACGACAUCGAGUCGCUGGGCUGGCUGCGUUGAUGGAGUACGAAGCUUAGCUAUAGGCUGCACCAUGAGCUCUGUGGUGAUCUACGAUGCGACGACGGCAACAUGCCCUUCAAGUAUCCCCGUCUGCGGCACCUACAUGGCUUACGACAGCCCGGACAAGACGACCGGCCAGACUGUGAUCCGGUGCUCCGACGGGAAAGCAGCAGCGACAUUCUACAGAGAUACCUCGACGUCGAGCAAGGCAGCAUCAACCAGCUCAUCAUCCACCACGUCGUCGGCUUCCAGCUCCCUCACAACGCUCAUCCGGACGGCGACAGUCACCGUAACCGACACCAGUUCAUCACCAGAGCAGCCGAGCACAACUUCACCCUCCGCCGUCGCUGCCACCACCACCCCCGGGCACGAGGAUGCGAACGGGAGCCAGAACCUGGCCUGGAUCGCCGGCCCGAUCGUCGGCGGCAUCGCUGGGAUCGGCAUCAUCGCGCUCCUCGUCUGGAUCGUCCUACUCCUCCGGAAGCGAAAACAGGCCGAGCGGCAAGGCGCAUCGGCGGUGAUCGACGGCUCGUACGCGCCAGAGAAGGCCUCCCCCUCGACCGGCACGGCUUCGUUCUACGUCCCAGGGCAGCAGCGGGUAGUGUCGGCGGAACUCGCUUCGAAUCAGGUACCGCAGCGACCCGUCGAGCUGCAGGGCGUUGAAUCGGGGCAGUAUCCAGGUCGGAGACAAGGGGCGGAGCUGCAAUAG